UAUUUGCUCAGUCAGCUUCAAAGCAUGAAUCUCGUGGUCAUGGCGUGCCUCUUUGCCCUGGCCCUUCUUCCUUUGGCAUCGGGUGCAUCCCUACUGCAGCCCUUGUCCGUGGAACGCCCAGAUGAAGAGGUCUUCCCGUUGCCCAGUGCACCUCGCCAUCUUCCCCCCUAUGGCACAGAAGUGGUGGGGCCCAAGUCCACGAACAAGUUUUGGGCCAAUUGGGUGGUGGAAGAAGGACGUCAGCUCUCCAUCCAUCCAAUGCCCUAUGUGCUGCGAUACGACUCAUCCACUGGGACUCCGAACAUGCAAGUGUCCAGGAGCUCAUCUCCACAUGUCCAGUAUGGUGAUUCGGAGACCAAUGGAGCUGAAAAGAUUCGUUACUACUUUUCACCCUUUGUGAAUGAAUUUGGUUUAGCAGCAGUUGAAGGAGCCAGCAAUGAGGACCAGAUCAUCGUGAAAGAGGGAUUGUUCGGUGUUCAUGCAGAAGUUCGUGGACUCCCAGGAACCCGAAGGAGGAUUUUGUUCCCCAUCUACAGUGGCAUGAGCUACGUUUCUGGUUACUAUGAAGGUUUUACUCCACGAAUUUCGUCCGACCGAGCCUUGCUUGUCAUCGAGUCUGUGAGUGAUGGCAUUUGGAGGCUUCUCAACAAUGGUGGGAAGGAAUUCCGUUUAUAUGCCAUUGAUUCCUCUGGGAACUUUGUGGAUGAUUCCUUUGAAUUUCACCCAGACGGCACGAUGAACAAGCCAUUUGAGGGCUGGAUUCGUCUGGCAGAGGCUCAGACACCUGACGACCGUGCAAUCCUUGACCAGCAUGCUCAAGCAAUCUUGGUGGAUUGGCAGCUUGAUGGUGAACAAGGUGGGUCUGUGAGAUACACUUUUACAAAACAUGCCGCAGUCCCCACCACUCUCUUGCAUUUUGCUUAUGCUAGCCAUGAGAAGCUAAUGACCGGUAAUGCCCAAACAAUGUCACAGCUUCAGCCCUUGGCUGCUCCCACCAAAGGGCGCAUGAAGGCUGUGGUCGGUGACACCUGGCUGUUGCAAGUCAACCAAUCUGAAGCGGAGAGUCUCAGCUUUCUACCAGCCAACGAACCCCAAAGCAGUAAAGUCACCGACUUGAAAGAGAAGGCCUUUGGAACUUUGCAGUUCUUCUUGCAUUCAGAUCAAUGGAGGCAGACAAUGUUCAAGGGCAGCUACUACUUCAGUGGCAAAGGCUUUCAGAAAGUUGCAUACACAUGUUUGCUUCUGGAGAAGUUCUAUGGGUUGACGCAUAGCCAUACUCAGUCCUGCGCCGACAUUUUGAGGAGGGGCUUUCAAUGUUUGUACGCGCCAACAACGCCUGAGUGCAAUGGAGCUCCAAUUGGACUCUACUAUGAUGUUGCUUGGCAUGGGGUGGCGAGUCGGGAGGGCUUUUCAGACAUCGGCUGCAGAAAUGCUGAUUUUGGCAAUGCCUGUUACAAUGAUCAUCACUACCAUUUCAGCUACUUCGUGGUGUCAGCUGCAGUGCUGGUGAAGUUGAAGCCUGAAUUUUCAGCCGAUCAUGCAUUCGUGUCCUUUGUGGACACUCUGAUUCGGGACACCACGAAUCCAAGCUCCAACGAUGCUCAUUUCCCGAUGUUCCGCUCCUUCGAUUGGUUUGACCUGCAUUCAUGGAGUCGUGGAGUGAUUCCCAGUGCCGAUGGAAAAGACCAAGAGUCAACAUCAGAAGAACUCAACCUUCUCUAUGGUGUUCGUCUUUGGGGCAUGGUCUUGCAAAGGGAAUCUUUGCAAGCUCUUGGGACGACCAUGUUAGCUCUUUGUGCAUCAACCAUCCGCGAGUUCUUCCUCAUGACUCAAGACAAUCAGCAUCAUCCGGAAGACUUUGUAACAAACCAUGUGACCGGGAUCUUCUUUCAGAACAAGGUCGACUAUGCCACGUGGUUUGGGUGGAGGUAUGAGUUCAUUCACGGUAUCCAAAUGCUUCCGGUGACCCCGGCCUUAUUGAUGAUCCGAACACCGGACUUUUGCCGCCAAGAGUGGGACAACAUCUUGUCGGGUCUGCCGUUGAGCGAAACAGACCCAUGGACAUCGUUGCUGCUCGCCGGCACGCUGGCGAUCAUCGAUCCUGAGGCUGCUUAUAGCAGGUUGAGCGCCAUGAAACCCGAGCACAUGGAUGAUGGCCUCACUCAACUGUGGGCACUCUAUUGGUCAGCCUCAUUGUCAACUGCUGAUGUUCCCACCACGGGUUCGACCAUCACAUCCUCAACCACGACGUCGGGGGCCACGGAGGAAAACCUCGCCUUGAGCCGCUUCGCGGUGGCAUCUUCCGAGAGCUCGCCAGAACAUGCAGCGGCUCAUGCGGUGGAUGGAUUGUUUGUCACUCGGUGGAGCCCAUCCUUGCUUGAUGAGAAUCCAUGGAUUUCAGUUGACCUUGGCGCCGUGUAUGCCUUAUCUCAUGUUGUCGUCUUUUGGGGUGAGUUCUUCCCCAGCAGCUACCUGAUUCAAGGCAAGGUGACCCAGUGGACAACACUGGCAGUUGCAGCUGGCUCAUCUGACUUGCUGCGAUCCAAUGUACCACAACCAACCUUUGCUCAGCUAGUCAGAAUCGUGAGCCAAAGUACUGGUAUCGACAUCCGUUUGUGGGAAUUCCAGGUCUUUUUGGAUGCCGAUGUGACUUCCACAUCCAGCUCUUCCAGUUCCGUGACCACGUCCUCCAUGCCGAUCUCGACAUCGACGACCAGUCUUGGAACAUCUCCACCUACGACAACCGAAUCGGGAUCUACAACGACGCCUUUCUACGGACCGAAUCUGGCCUUGACGAAGCCUGUCUUAGCUUCAUCCUUUCGAUCACCUACAGAGCAUGCCUACAAGGCGGUGGAUGGUGACUCAAACACACAGUGGGCAUCUGCCCCAGUCAACCAGCAGUGGCUUUGGGUGGAUUUGUUGGGGGUCUAUGCAGUGGGUCAAGUGGUGGUUAUCUGGGGUGAGGAGUACAGUGACUUUGUGCUGCAAACAGCUCCUGAUGGCAUCAAGUGGACGAAUGUGGCCACGGUGAAUGGCGCUCCCGAUCGUGUGGGAACAGUGUUUAGCCCUGCCAUUCUGGCGCAGUGGGUGAGGAUUCAGUGCCAGAGCGCCUGUGCGAUGCGUGAGUUCAGGAUCCAUGGAGAAGUCCCAGAGUCAAUGACCACAUCCUCUACACUGGCGACGUCCAGCUCAUCAAUGUCUCCCACUCCCUCAUCCACGACAUCUUUGCAAACUGGCGAGGUGCAGAGUUCGACAACUCUGAUUAAUUCAAAAGUGAACCUUGCACUCUUGCGUCCAGUGUUGUCUUCCAGCCAGAGAUUGCCCACAGAGCAUGUCUCUCGCAUGGUUGAUGGGUCUGUUGACAGCCAGUGGGCAUCUGCGGAGACAGAUGCAAUGCCGUGGGCAUGGGUCGACCUGCUUGGUGUCCAUGAGGUCGUGGAAGUUGCUGUCCACUGGGGUGAUGACUAUGCUCAGGUAUAUGAACUUCAAGCUAGCCCAAAUGCAGUGGAUUGGGUUUCGAUCACCACAGACUCUGGCAGCAGUGGUCAAAUCGUGCAAACUACUUUACCACCAAAUACGCAGACCCAAUGGAUCCGAAUUGUUUGCUUGUCUCUUUCGGGAAGCAGCUGCAGCAUCCGGGAGCUUUUGGUCUAUGAAGCGCAUGCAGCGGCUACAGUGGCAAGUACCACAGGUGCGACCACAGCAGCUCCGGUGGGCGAGAAUGUGGCAAAGGAGAAGCCAGUUCUUGCUUCCUCACAGAUUCUGCCCUUUGAACAUGCCUCCAAGGCUGUUGAUGGGCUUGCAGGCACUCAAUGGGCAUCUGCUUCUUCUGAUGACCAAUGGAUUUGGAUUGAUCUACUAGGGAGCUAUGAGCUUGACUACGUCCUGUUGUCAUGGGGCAACACCCUGCCAAGUAGCUACAACUUGGAGACCAGCUCAAAUGGAGUCACUUGGGAAGUUGCUGUUGAAGAUGUCCAGCCCACCGCCCCAGUCGAGCGCACUGACCUUCCGGCCGGCACCCGAUCACAAUGGCUGCGUGUGUUUUGCAAGAGCACCAACGGCUGCAGCAUUCAAGAGCUUCAGGUGGGGAUGAAUCAUCAACGACCGGCUUAGGUUGAGAAGUAGGAAAGUAGGAAUGAAUUGAAGCUCCAUACUCAUAGGGUAGGCGGGAUUCCCGUUCUUUUCAGGUGUUUGGCACUCCGGUGUCACCAGUGAGAUUGCUCCGUGAAGUUGGGCCAGCGGGAAAGAUGACUAAGCUGGCAUACAUCGGCGGUGGCUGUGCAUUGAUUGCACUGCUCAUUGCAGGUAUCCUUGCGUUGCGAUGUCGGCCUUCAAGCGACAGAAUUGAUGCUCAAGAGCUUGAAGCUUGCAUGGCUUGAAAGGGUCAUGUGGUGAGUUUGACGAAAGCUAUCUAUAUCACCAAGAUUAUUCAUGAUUUUGACAAUUCUAAUUUGCAUUCUUGUAUUUCCGAAUAUGCACCGGCAAAGAAUGUUGGUGCACUUCGGAAGUCGGUCAUUUUGCAGUGGUGCCAGUUUGGGCAUGCUGCCCCUGCGAAGUAGACAGUCUUAGGCGUAGCCACGAGGUGCUCAUUCUAGGGCGGCUGCUUCAAGCGGGCAAUGUAUAGACGACCAACACAGACAAAGUCCACUUGGCCUCCGGAAAUGCUCAGAGCACCCGUUGGCCAUGACUUUGAGUCCACAAAUGUACAGAGCCAGUGGUCCAAUCCACUUGUAUACACUGUGGCCCAUGAAACCGUCGACCUGCAGACAUCACGAUUGAACCAA